UCUGGCGGCCGGGCUCGCGGAGGACCAUGACCGCCGCGGCGAACUGGGUGGCGAACGGGGCGAGCCUGGAGGAUUGUCACUCCAACCUCUUCUCGCUGGCUGAACUCACAGGAAUCAAAUGGCGUAGGUACAAUUUUGGAGGGCACGGGGACUGUGGACCCAUAAUUUCAGCCCCAGCCCAAGAUGAUCCAAUCCUGUUAAGUUUCAUCCGCUGUCUGCAAGCCAACCUGCUAUGUGUAUGGCGUCGUGAUGUCAAGCCAGAUUGCAAAGAGCUCUGGAUCUUCUGGUGGGGAGAUGAACCCAACCUAGUGGGAGUCAUACAUCAUGAACUGCAGGUUGUGGAAGAAGGACUCUGGGAAAAUGGCCUUUCCUAUGAAUGUAGAACGCUGCUCUUCAAAGCAAUCCACAAUCUGUUAGAAAGGUGCCUAAUGGAUAAGGACUUCGUGAGGAUCGGGAAGUGGUUUGUCCGGCCCUGUGACAAGGACGAGAAGCCAGUCAACAAAAGUGAGCAUUUGUCCUGUGCUUUCACAUUCUUUCUUCAUGGGGAGAGUAACGUGUGCACAAGUGUGGAGAUUGCUCAGCACCAGCCAAUCUACCUGAUCAACGAGGAGCACCUACACAUGGCCCAGUCCUCACCUGCACCAUUUCAAGUCCUGGUGAGUCCUUACGGCUUAAACGGCACACUAACAGGACAUGCAUACAAGAUGUCCGACCCAGCCGCCCGCAAGCUGAUUGAGGAAUGGCAGUGUUUCUACCCGAUGGUGCUGAGGAAGAAGGAGGAGCCUCGGGAGGAGGCUGAGCUGGAAUAUGACGAUGACUUCCCGGUGGCAGUUGAAGUCAUUGUUGGUGGUGUCCGGAUGGUGUACCCUUCGGCUUUUGUGUUGAUCUCUCAGAAUGACAUCCCAGUUCCUCAGAGUGGUGCCAGUGCCAGCGGGCACGCCACAGUUGCACAGCAGGGACUUGGUAGUGUGAAAGACCCUACUAGCUGCGGGAUGCCUCUGACGCCUCCCACCUCCCCAGAGCAGGUGCUUAUAGGAGAGAGCGGAGGCGCACAGAGUGCUGCCAGUCACCUCGGGUCCCAAGAUGGGGGGAUGAUAACUAUGCACAGUCCAAAGAGAUCAAGGAAGAUCCCUCCUAAGCUCCACAAUCACAUGGUCCAUCGAGUCUGGAAGGAGUGCAUCCUCAACAGAGCCCAGUCCAAGAGGAGUCAGAUGUCAACGCCCACCCGGGAAGAAGAACCUGCUCACAGUCCUCCUGCCUGGGAUUUUGUGGACCCAACCCAAAGAGUCAGCUGUUCCUGCUCCAGACAUAAACUUUUAAAACGGUGUGCAGCAGGACCCAGCCGGCCUCCCACCAUCUCUCAGCCAGGCUUCAGUGCAGGACUGCCGUCGUCUUCAUCCUUACCACCUCCUGCUUCUUCCAAGCACAAAACCACAGAAAGACAAGAAAAAGGAGACAAGUUGCAAAAGAGACCCUUGGUGCCCUUUCACCACAGGCCUUCUGUGGCCGAAGAGUUAUGCAUGGAGCAGGAUGCACCUGGACAGAAGCUGGGGCUGCCAGGGAUAGACGCCUCCAUAGAGGUGGCGACCAGCCGCAAGUAUGAUAAGCAAAUGGCCGUGCCUUCCAGAAACACAAGCAAGCAAAUUAAUCUGAAUCCUAUGGAUUCACCGCAUUCCCCCAUUUCCCCUCUGCCCCCCACACUCAGCCCUCAGCCACGAGGUCAGGAGGCAGAGAGUUUGGACCCACCUUCUGUCCCUGUGAACCCUGCCCUCUAUGGAAAUGGGCUAGACCUUCAGCAGCUGUCUACUCUAGAGGACAGAACUGUCCUUGUAGGCCAAAGACUGCCUCUGAUGGCAGAGGCCAGUGAGACAGCCUUGUACAGUGGGCUCAGGCCUUCUUACACCGAGUCGUCAGACAGGUGGUGGAAGAGCUUUCGUCUCCCACCGGGUGAGGAUGUUGAAUUCCGGCCUCCAGAGCUGCAGGCGGAGAAGUUUGACACUGUACUGGAUGUGAACCCCGAGAGCACUGCCCUGCAAAGACUCUUAGCACAACCUAACAAGCGGUUCAAAAUCUGGCAGGAUGAGCAGCCUCAGGUGCAGCCACCCCCUUUCCUCGACCCGUCAGCUCUGUCACAGCAGCCUGGUGACACUCUGGGAGAAGUCAAUGACCCGUACACCUUUGAGGAUGGUGACAUAAAGUACAUCUUCACAGCAAAUAAGAAAUGCAAGCAGGGGACGGAGAAGGACUCCCUGAAAAAGAACAAGUCAGAGGAUGGAUUUGGUACCAAGGAUGUCACUACACCAGGUCAUUCCACGCCGGUGCCUGAUGGGAAAAAUGCCAUGUCUAUUUUCAGUUCUGCUGCUAAAACAGAUGUCCGGCAGGACAGUGCUGCUGGCAGAGCUGGCUCUGGGAGCCUUACCCAGGUGACAGAUCUGGCACCUUCCCUGCAUGACUUAGACAACAUCUUUGAUAACUCUGAUGACGACGAGCUUGGGGCUGUGUCCCCUGCUCUCCGCUCAUCCAGAAUGCCUACUGUUGGGACUGAGGAGCGGCCCCCUGGGAAGGACGGAAGAGCUGCUGGCCCUUACCCUCCAACAGUUGCAGACUUGCAAAGGAUGUUCCCCACUCCUCCGUCACUGGAGCAGCAUCCUGCAUUUUCUCCUGUGAUGAAUUAUAAAGACGGAGUAAGUUCAGAGACAGUGACUGCGUUGGGCAUGAUGGAGAGUCCUGUGGUCAGCAUGGUCCCCACACACCUCACGGAGUUCAGGAUGGAAGUGGAAGAUGGCUUAGGAAGUCCCAAGCCAGAGGAGAUAAAGGAUUUUUCCUAUGUGCACAAAGUGCCACAGUUCCAGCCUUUCGUGGGGUCCUCCAUGUUUGCUCCGCUGAAGACGCUGCCGAGCCAUUGCCUGCUGCCCCUGAAGACACCUGACGCCUGUCUGUUCCGGCCCUCGUGGGCAGUUCCCCCUAAAAUGGAGCAGCUGCCCACACCCCCUGCAGCUUCUUCCAUAAGAGACGGCUACAAUAACGUGCCUAGCGUCGGGAGCCUUGCAGACCCAGACUAUCUGAACACCCCACAGAUGAACACGCCUGUGACGCUCAACAGUGCUGCCCCUGCCAGCAACAGUGGAGCCGGCGUCCUCCCGUCUCCAGCUACCCCUCGAUUCUCUGUCCCCACACCACGAACCCCCAGAACUCCAAGAACUCCCAGAGGUGGGGGCACUGCUAGUGGCCAAGGGUCUGUGAAAUACGACAGCACCGAUCAGGGGUCACCAGCGUCCACCCCCUCUACCACAAGACCCCUUAACUCUGUGGAGCCUGCCACCAUGCAGCCAAUUCCCGAGGCCCACAGUCUUUAUGUCACCCUGAUUCUGUCAGAUUCUGUGAUGAAUGUCUUCAAGGACAGGAACUUUGAUAGCUGUUGCAUUUGCGCCUGCAACAUGAACAUCAAAGGGGCAGAUGUGGGGCUGUACAUCCCCGACUCCUCCAAGGAGGACCAGUACCGAUGCACCUGUGGGUUCAGUGCCAUCGUCAACCGCAAAUUGGGCUACAACUCGGGGCUCUUCCUUGAGGAUGAGCUUGAUAUUUUUGGAAAGAAUUCUGACAUUGGCCAAGCUGCAGAGAGACGUCUGAUGAUGUGCCAGACCUCCUGCCAGUCCACCUUGCUUUCUCAGGUGGACGGCACCCGGAAAGCCCCAGAGCCCCCCAUAAGCCUCCUCCUCCUCCUCCAGAAUCAGCACACGCAGCCCUUCGCUUCUCUCAGCUUCCUGGACUACAUCUCCUCCAAUAGUCGCCAUGCGCUCUCCUGUGUGAGCUGGACGUAUGACCGGGUGCAGGCGGACAACAACGAUUACUGGACAGAGUGCGUCAACGCAUUGGAACAGGGGAGACAGUAUGUGGACAACCCCACAGGCGGGAAGGUGGACGAAGCUCUGGUGAGAAGUGCCACCGUACACUGUUGGCCGCACAGCAACGUGCUGGACACGAGCAUGCUCUCAUCACACGACGUGGUGCGCAUGCUGCUGUCCCUGCAGCCCUUCCUGCAGGACGCUAUCCAGAAGAAGCGCACAGGCAGGACCUGGGAGAACAUCCAGCACGUGCAGGGGCCGCUCACCUGGCAGCAGUUCCACAAGAUGGCGGGGCGUGGGACCUACGGGUCAGAAGAGUCUCCUGAGCCACUGCCCAUCCCCACUCUACUGGUGGGCUACGACAAGGAAUUUUUGACCAUCUCACCCUUCGCCUUGCCCUUCUGGGAGAGGCUGCUCUUGGAGCCCUAUGGGGGCCACCGCGACGUUGCUUAUAUUGUGGUGUGUCCAGAAAAUGAGGCCUUGCUCGAAGGAGCCAAAACUUUCUUCAGGGACUUGAGUGCUGUGUAUGAGAUGUGUCGGCUGGGACAGCACAAGCCCAUCUGCAAAGUGCUCCGUGACGGGAUCAUGCGUGUGGGCAAGACCGUGGCGCAGAAGCUAACAGAGGAGCUUGUGAGCGAAUGGUUUAACCAGCCAUGGAGCAGUGAGGAGAGUGACAAUCAUUCCAGACUCAAACUUUAUGCUCAAGUUUGCCGCCAUCACCUAGCACCUUAUUUAGCCACUCUGCAGCUUGACAGUGGCUUGCUGAUGCCACCUAAGCACCAGAGCCCACCAGCAGAAGCACAGGGACAAGCCACGCCUGGGAAUGCUGGGACUUUACCUUCAAAUUCAGGCUCAGGAGCACCUCCAGCUGGCAGUGCAUUCAACUCCACCUCCAGCAGCUCUGCCAACCCUGCAGCAAGUAGUUCCUCUGCCUCCUCUGGGCUGCCAGGCUCCUCCGCUGCCUCUGCUCCAGGCGUCACUCAGAUGAACACUACCUCUUCUUCAGGAUUCGGUGGUGGUGUUGGAGGGCAGAACCCCAGUGCUGGGGGCAGCUCCACAGAUCGAACCCCAGGGAAUGUGGCUUGUGGAGACACUGAGCCUGGGCAGAGCUGCACCCAGCCCUCACAGGAUGGACAAGACAGUGUUACAGAGAGGGAGAGAAUAGGAAUCCCCACGGAGCCUGACUCUGCCGACAGCCAUGCGUACCCUCCAGCCAUCGUCAUUUACAUGGUGGACCCCUUCACCUACACUGCAGAGGAGGACUCCGGCUCCGGAACCUUCUGGCUGCUGAGCUUGAUGCGCUGCUACACGGAGAUGCUGGACCACUUACCCGAGCACAUGAGAAGCUCGCUCAUUCUCCAGAUCGUGCCUUGCCAGUACAUGCUGCAGACAAUGAAGGAUGAACAUGUCUUCUAUAUUCAGUACUUGAAGUCCAUGGCGUUCUCAGUGUACUGCCAGUGCAGGCGGCCUCUGCCUACACAGAUCCACAUUAAAUCCCUCACGGGCUUCGGGCCUGCAGCCAGCAUUGAGAUGACGCUCAAGAACCCGGAGCGGCCCAGUCCAAUCCAGCUUUAUUCCCCUCCCUUUAUACUGGCCCCAAUCAAAGACAAGCAGACAGAGCCUGGAGAGGCCUUUGGUGAGGCCAGCCAGAAGUACAAUGUGCUCUUUGUGGGCUACUGUCUGUCUCAUGACCAGCGCUGGCUCUUGGCGUCCUGCACCGACCUGCAUGGGGAGUUACUGGAGACCUGUGUUGUAAACAUCGCUUUACCAAGCAGGACCCUUCCUGUUCCUCUCUCUGUCAGGUCACGGAAGAGUAAAGUGUCUGCACGUAAGAUUGGGCUCCAGAAGCUAUGGGAAUGGUGCCUGGGGAUUGUCCAGAUGACAUCUCUGCCCUGGAGAGUCGUCAUUGGCCGCUUGGGGCGUCUUGGCCAUGGGGAGCUGAAAGAUUGGAGUAUCCUCCUUGGAGAAUGUUCCCUGCAGACAAUCAGCAAGCAGCUCAAGGAUGUGUGCCGCAUGUGUGGGAUCUCGGCUGCAGACUCUCCUUCUAUCCUUAGUGCCUGCCUGGUUGCCAUGGAGCCCCAGGGGUCCUUUGUAGUGAUGCCAGAUGCUGUCACAAUGGGCUCUGUGUUUGGCCGAAGCACUGCGUUGAACAUGCAGUCCUCCCAGCUUAACACACCUCAGGACGCCUCCUGUACCCACAUCUUGGUGUUCCCGACAUCAUCAACCAUACAGGUGGCUCCAGCCAACUACCCCAAUGAAGAUGGGUUCAGCCCCAACAAUGAUGACAUGUUUGUAGACCUUCCAUUCCCAGACGACAUGGACAAUGACAUUGGUAUCCUCAUGACCGGGAACCUUCACUCCUCUCCCAACUCCUCUCCGGUUCCCUCCCCGGGCUCUCCCUCUGGAAUCGGUGUGGGCUCUCACUUCCAACACAGCCGGAGCCAGGGAGAGCGGCUUCUGUCCCGGGAGGCUCCGGAGGAGCUCAAGCAGCAGCCCCUGGCCCUCGGGUAUUUCGUAUCAACGGCCAAAGCGGAGAACCUCCCCCAGUGGUUCUGGUCUUCAUGCCCCCAGGCCCGGAACCAGUGCCCACUCUUCCUGAAGGCUUCACUCCAUCACCACAUCUCUGUAGCACAGACGGAUGAACUCCUUCCUGCCAGGAACUCUCAGCGGGCUCCGCACCCUCUGGACUCCAAGACCACAUCUGAUGUUCUAAGGUUUGUGCUGGAGCAGUACAACGCCCUCUCCUGGCUCACGUGCAAUCCGGCCACCCAGGACCGUACUUCCUGCCUUCCCGUCCACUUUGUGGUGCUCACGCAGUUGUACAAUGCCAUCAUGAACAUGCUCUAACCGGGAAGCGCUUGUCCCUCUGCCUCAGCUCCUGCAGCCUUGGCCAGGGAGCCUGCUCCACUCUGCAAUGCCCGGCCUUUUUCCGAGCACUCCCCUGCACUGUGACACCUUCUGAGCAGGCACAUGCUCAUUCUGCAGUGUUCGUUGCCACAGUGACUCCUUGACGUGUCUCACGAGGACCUGGAAAUUUCCAUAAGCAGUGACUUGAAGCCAGUGUGUGAUAUGUGCAGCCUGCAGUCCCCAGCAAGUGGCAGCUGUUGGUGGCUUAAGAGGAAAAGAGAAGAGACACUGUCCUUUUGCACAAGAGCCUGCUCUCAGCCUCUGUUUAGUACCAGGCUGUCCAGCCCUCUGGAUGCAAUCCUCUAGCCAGUGGUGGAUGCCUGUGGGUAACCCAUACUUCAUAACCUGGGAUGUGUCACAACUAAGAGCCAGCUCCAGUACAGGAUCUAGUACUGGGGCCUCCGCCUCCCCAGCCUGUCAGGAGGGCUUCGGUUGAUGGCAUACCUGUGUACACACAGGAGGUCUGGAGACAGCUGCAUUCUGUUUAUUUAUUUUUAAUUUUGUUGUAAGUUUUUUGCGACUUUGUUUUUUCUAAUCUCGAGGACCAGGUACAGUAGCUGAAACCCACUGAGACCCACUAUAGGAUUCUCUGAGUACAUACCUCUGUCCUAGAAGCCAGAAAAGGAGUGAGAACAAAUGGGGGACCAUGCCUGAAGAGUAAUGUAGUAAUGACCAGUCAGCAGUAGACUCUGGUACAACAGUCUGUGGGGUCACACUUGUAUACGAAGGUGGGCAGGCUCAGCCCCGAGCUGGAGGCAAGGACCUUAAUCACUUCUCUCUACAGUCACAUGGAAAUACCUUUUCUAGAGAAUUCUUACAGAAAGCCAGGUCUCUCCUUUCAUUCGAUCAAAAGGGACUCGUGUACAUAUCACAGCCCAAAGUGUUUGCUCACAAAACCAGUUACAAACACAGUGAAUUUUUUUCUGGACCAUAGGAAUAUUGUUUCCAAGAAAUAGUACAACUCAACUGUUAAAUCAGUACUUGAAGCUGAGCCUCUAUGUGGGACUUAAAAAAAAAAAAAGCCUUUUUUAAAGCAUUAACAGCUGAUUGAAGUAUUUUUGACUCCCUGUCCCAGACCUUAGGGUUGACUUUGAAACCCUGUUUCUAGCCCUUAUGUCGUAUGUUUCUGUCUGCGGGUGGUGGGUGUGGACCGGCUUCCCAGAGCCUCCUGACAGGCCCGGCACUGAGCCCGGCUCCCGUGGGAGAGUCAUGCAAACUAAGUUCUUCCAAGAGACUUUCAUGUCCUGGUUAUUAACAAAGAAAAGGAAAAAAAAAUGUAAUAAUUGAUAUGAUUUUGUAAAAGUAUUUUUCUUGAGAUAAUCUAACGUUUAAAACAUUAUAUUAACAUGUGGUGGGAAUGUGAAAGCAGAGAAAUGACUUGUAAAUGAGUGAUUAUUCUCUGUCUCACCAACUGGGGGGGGGGUUGCCUUUCAAUGUAUAGCUUAAAAAAAUCUGAUAUAUCAAACCGUUUGUAUCUAACGUGUACAGUGUAAAAUUGACUUAAAAUAUCGCAGUGCUAUUUUUUCUUAUCAGAGAGGAAAUCCUCAAGGCCUUUUGAAGAACGGAAGAUGACGGAGAUGUAGACUUGUAUAAAGUCACCUCGGGGGGGACGGGCUGGAAACUAGACGUUUGUAAUCUUUACCACUCGGGAUUGCUUCUUCUCAGAGUUCACCAGAACUUUGAAGUUCUCUCUCUCUCUCUCUCUCUCUCUCUCUCUCUCUCUCUCUCUCUCUUUUAAAACGGGCUGUUUUUACUGCAGGGGCUUUUCUUCCCUAGAAACCCAACUCUACGCAGAAAAAGAGAAAAGGAAAAAAAAAACAAAAAACAAAAACAGAAAAAAGCUAUAAAAAG